AUGGAUGCCGCCGACACUGAUGACAGCUCCAAUCAUACGCGUUCUGUCGCGUCUUCCUCACCUUCAUCUAUCGUAUCCGGGCAUUCAAACGAUCGCAGUUCAUCCAACGACUCACCAACUUCUCACAUUCUCUCUACUCAGCUCGACUCUUCUUCAGUAGCUGUAUCUAAUGCAGUUGCAUCUUCCUCCACAGAGUCAUCUCAGGGACCAGUCAACAGUCAACGUUUGCGUUCUACACCCGCCGUUGGAGCUGGAAGGCAAAUCGCGGAGAACAUACUCACAGUACCUCCUGGUGUACAUCCGUAUCAUCACUACCGGGAAGUGGCCAAUCAGUACGAAAAGGGGAUUACAAAAGAUUGGGUGCCUGAAUAUAUGUCCCCGGAGGAUGUGGAAACCUACCGGAAUGCCACUUUUCGAAGAUUGGAGAGAAUUCAUCAAUUGGAGGCGGAACAGAUACGCCACUCUCGCCCCAUCACCAAGAUUGAACAGGCAUUGUUCAUGGCGCGAUUGGACUACAGGAUUCGAUUUUAUCGCAUCUUCAGAAUCAACGACCUUCCGACUGAAAUUUUGACCAACAUCUUUCACUUGGUCGCUUGGUCCGCACCCGAUCCACGAGCAGCUGUGGCAGCGAGAUUAUGGCUCACGUCAACGUGCCGUCAUUGGAGAACGGUUGCCAUCCAGGACUCUACGCUAUGGAACGCGAUCUGGUUCCGAAGGCCACCCGAUUUUAGCCAGGCUUAUACAUGGUUGGAGCGAGCAGGAAAUGCAGCAAUAGAUGUCCGUAUAAACGACACCGUUGAACAUCCUCUUACCCUCGAAUCAACAACCGUCCUUAUCAAUCGGCUGUUCGAAAAACUAUCCAAUAUUCGGGUCUUAAUCAUUGUCGUUCAGGAUUGGGACCCAGCAUUGACAAUAAUCCACGCCCUUCGUCGCGUGGCACAAGAAGGUCUCCCAAUGAUCAUGGAACGCUUCGAGCUUCAUCGCGCAGGAUCGGCAUAUGUGCAAAUAGGAACGGGCUACGAACCGAGCUUCUAUACUGAAGCUAUCCCUCUGUUUGGUGGUGCGGUGGUGCCUUCAUUCCGAUAUUUGUCUCUAAAUGGCGUACAUGUUGAUUGGCAAAACUCGCAUCUUACUAACCUCAGCGCUUUCGAUAUUCGACGAAUGCCCCUAGAAAGGGUUCCUACGCUGGAGCGAUUCAGAGCGAUUUUGCAGGCCUCCCCAGAUUUAAACAAAAUGAUCUUGGAUGGUGCUGGCCCACAAUGGCCGAGGGGGAUGAUAGAUCCUUCUACGUUCCCCGUUAUCCCUCUCCCUUUGCUCAAAAUUCUGGUCGUAGGAGACUUUAGUGUGGUUUAUGGAGCAUACCUAAUUACUCAGUUUGCUGCUCCUAAUGUUUUGGACUUCACGCUUAUGAACUUGCUUGGGACAGAUUACUCACCCUUUUUCAAUGCCCUGACUUCGAAAUUACCAUCGAUACGAACUCUAACGAUCCAUACGGCCGCGGUUUCCAAUGAUUCAUCUGCGGUUUCGAUCUUUAAGUGGUUACGCACAAUCCCCAAUCUAACCUAUCUACGUGUCAUCAAUGUCCAGCAAACGUUUCUCGACCUGUUCUUAUUCGAUUCCCAGUUAAGCCGUCCUGCUAUAUCUGGAACUAAAUCUCUCAUUUGCGACAAGCUUGCCUACCUAGAGAUCCAUUCGGUAGAUAUCCAGAUGGUCUCAACGUGGAUUAGCAAACGAAAGGCGCUAGGCUCACCACUGCGCAAAGUUUACAUCGGAACAGAGACAGUUUCUCCCCUCAAACCCGAAGAACUUGCACCACUCAGGACAGCUAUGCGGACUCCUCAAGGAAACGUCGCUGUACAAGUUUUGGCGCACAUGCAAAAACCUUCAGAGGAGGAGGAGCUCCUGAGAUAA